AUGAAGAUUAAUAAUUUGGACAUUGCAGAUUCCAUAUGGUUCAUCUCCAAAACGGUAGCCGCAGUGCAAUACAUGCCACAAAUUGUCAUUAAUUGGACCAGUGAGAGUGUGGAAGGAUUAAAUUCAUGGUGGCUAUUUACAUGUUGUGGUACUGUAUUGCUUCCACUCAUCGGUCGAGUUGUCAAUACUAUACUUGUUCUAGGCAAAGAAGGUGGAGAUAAAGGUGGGUAUGAAUGGUUUGAGUUGCCCAUAAACUUUCCAACAUGGCCUGUGAUGGUUGGCCAAGGAAUGUCCUUGAUGAUAAUUACAAUUCAACUGCGAUUCUAUAGAGGUUUGCAAAACACGGAUAAAAUACAUUACAAGAGUGUUUAG